UAGCAGCUGCAUGCAUAGUGCAUAUGAAUCUAAGAAAUUUAUGCUAUUAUUUCUGAGAUUUUUGCAGGAUGUCAUUUAUGUGUAGGUGCUAAAACAAGGAAGUGGUUGUUCUAGGGACUGCCAGUGUCGCACUCGGGCAGUUUUUCAAAAUUUGGGCAAGCUAUGUUGUCACGAUGGCGACAGGGAGCCACCUUGCAGUCAAUCUGCAAGAGUUGGAGAUGCUAAAACGUGAGAUGCCCCAACAGAUGCCAGCAGGGGUGCAACGAAGCACCUCUUUGGACAGCAUGCCACCCCCAGCUCAGCCAGCUCCUAUGGCAAAUAAUAAUGCAACUGAUCACCUACGGCAGCCACAACAAUCUUUGGCUGGCAUACCUGAAUUACACAACUCCUUAUCAUCCCCUCCUCAAGCGUGUCCCGUACAACGAAGCCGCAGCCUACCCCUUCUAGAUGCCAGCCAGGAAAUGACUGCGGAAAUCUUAGCACAACUGACUGAAAGAGAAAAUGAACAAAUGAUGGUCACAAAUGUAGGACAGCACUCUCUGCAGCAACAGCAGCAGCAGCAACAACGACGGCAAGAUGCACAAGAUCAACAACAGCCUGCACCUCAGCAAACACACCAUCAGCACAACCUCAACAACAGAAUUAGUGAUAGCAGUAGUACAUGCAACUCUAUAAGUAUCAGUAAUGUAGUAUCCAACAGCAGUAACAUGAAUAAUGUACCAUUUUCAGAUUAUAUGCAGGCAUCUCAGUAUAGAAUUUUCACCCAAUCUCAACUACAGCAAGCAACUCACCUGCAGGAAAAUUCACAGCCCCUGAACCUAAGCCAGACAGCAGAGGUUAGACAGAUUCUUAGUCAAGGCUUACCCUCUCACAUCCCUAGGGUGGCUAACUUUGCUGGACGUCAAGUCCAAGUUGGAAGAGAUGAACUCCCACUUGACUGGCCCAACUUCCAACAGGCAGCCAGAUACAGUAUCCGCCCAAAUGAGCCACGCCUAGGAUUUCCACCAUCUAUGUUGCCUCCUGCCAUUGGCCAAAUGCCUCCUUCAUUCAAUCCUGCUUUUGCAGGAAGAGGGAUUGAUUCGUAUGGAGUAGGGACAAGUGCUGAAGGCAUCCGUUAUAGUAUGGCAGGUGCAAUGAAUCCUAAUCUUCAGAAGCCUCAUAUGCCCUUGUCGGUGUUUGCCAGGCAGCAUGCCUUUAUCAAGGAAGAAGUGGGCCGUCAGUCUCCUAAAGAUGGGACACGAUUACUACAAGUUCCAAUGGACCAUGUUGAAAAUAACAAUGAUAAAUCAUCACCUAACAUCCAGGCCAUGUCAGAUGGUUCAACCAGUAACAUAGCUGAGAAAAAUAUGAUGCCCUUGUCAGUGAGUGUAUCCGUCGCAUUUUCAGAACCUAGCCAGGACAGUCCCUCGUUCUCGCAACAGAGCAACAGUCCUGCACUCCUUAAACCAGCAGCUGAUCAGACACUCAGUAUGAUUAACUACCAUGAAGAUCAUCUCCUAUCUGACACAGGGCUCAUGUCCAAUAGCCCUGUUCCAAGCACGCUGGAUGAGAAUUUUCUCAACAGCAACAUGAUCAUCAGCUCUAACUCUGCUGCCAGACUGAGUGAUGCUACCAACCUGACAGGGCUUGAUUCUAACCCACCCAGUGUCAAGAUGGAAGGCUUUGACUUGUUUGAAGGCAGUGGGGAUGUUGAUGAUCAGAACUACAUCACUGAUUCCAUCUCACCUCAGUCUUUGAAUAUGGAUGACUCUAAUCAGGGACUACCUCAUGGCAUUCAACCAGGUCAUGGCAAUCCAAGGCCUCUCAGUCAAACUGGUAUGUCUGCAGCUCUUUCUAGAGGUAAGCAAAAAGAGAUUCAAUCAAUGAUAGAAAAAAAAUUAAGAAGAAGGAUGGGGAGGUUGGGGGAAUGAUAAUUGUUAUACUUAUUAAAGAUAUUAUGAUAUCAAAUGCAAUCAUGAAAAAUUAUAAAAUUGAUAAAUUUCUUCCAAGAUGAAAUUUUGGUGAAAGGUUUGUGGAUUGAAAAAUUAAAAACGGUUUCUUUUGUUUCACUUAAAAAAAGUGUUGUUUAGGCAGUGCAACAAAACCUAUUGAGCAUUUCCAGUCAACAAGAAAUUUCUUCCUGAAUAUUGUGUAAUGUAUGGAUUUUUAGAAUUCAUUUUUGGAAUUUAACCAGACUGAGUGCUUACUCACUGUUUUAUUAUUUACUCUUGAAUUUUGAUAUUAAGACUACCUAUAUUGUACAUCAGUGGAUACUUAUGUCAAAUAUUUCAAGUGGUAUCAAGACUUCACAUGAAUUAAAUGCACAAUCAGUAUACAUUAUGCACAGAAUUUUGUUUGAAACAAUGAAAAUGCAUUAGAUGCUUUUUUUCCCCGCUGUACUAGCUUAUUGCAUUGGUUGUCUCAAGAAUUCAUAAAGGGCAAUUCAAUGUGUCUGCAAAGGUGCAUCACUGGCCAAGUUUUAUACACCAUGCAAUCAGAGAAAUGUUUGAUGUUUCAUCAGUUUAGUCACGGUUGAGAGAGUGCUAUUGGGGGCACUCCAUUUGUGGCGGGAUCUAGCAUAAUGAGUGCAUCUGUAACGCAAGAUGUGCAUGGCUACUUCAGGAGUACAUCUUGUCUGCUCUCCUGUGCCUAGGGAAAGUCCAGGGUAAUAUUGAUCUGGAGAGAGAGAGAGAGAGCUUGUGACUGUGGAGGGCUUUAUGGAUGGAUACAUUGGAUGUGAAGUCCGGAGAGGGGGUGAUGCAAUGCAUUGCUUAUGUUGGUGGACGCUACUUUCUCAUCAUCGCUCAACUAGUUAUGGUUAGCGGCUAAAACGUGACUUUCAUGGGUAGGAGCUAGAGAAGAUGUGUGAUGGGAUUAUGAACACAAAAGAAAAGGUGCAUGAGGUUAUCCUGCCAUAGUUUUUCAAAUGUAAAAGGCUGCAUACAGUGUAUACUGAUAUAGGCCAUGUGUUAAUAGAAAGAGAUGUACAUGUACAGUACUGUACAUGUAACAUUAUUUACCAGUGUGGAGAGAGAGAGAGAGAGAGAGAGAAUAUGAUGCAACUAGAUUUUACUUUUUAGUUAUUCAGAUUAAGAUAUAAAGCAAAUUUAUAUAUUUCAAACGUACACGUACAUGUACAUGUAUGUAUUUCAAGCUCAUUCCAUUGCAGUUUACUAGCCUUUACUUUUAGCACCAACUGUGAGGGAUUAUUUUAAAGUAUGUGCAUAUAAUACGCUAUGCAAUAUAAUUUGUGCAACUAAACAGAAAAGUUAUUGGCAUAUAUAAGCUUUGCAAUUGCUCUGAAGGCUGAAUAUUAAGUGUCAUUUACAAUCAUUCAAUUUGAUACAAUUCAGAAGUAUUUUCUAUAAUGAAGCUAUGGCAAUACCUGUACAUGUAAAUACGAUAUGCAUAGUGUUUGUUAGAAUUGUAGCUGAGUGAAAUUCAUUAAGUGUUUGACCUUGAUCUCAAUGUGCACAAUUCCACACAAGAGUACAGUAGUUAUGAUUAAGAUCUUAUUGAAGUCUAAGCUGUCAUUCACAAUAAUUAUUUGUGUCACUGUUCCAAGCUGGGUAUGACUAAUACUGAAUGGGUCUUUAAAAAUAACCAUUCCUUGCAGUCCCCUGUAAAUUUCUUAUGCAGUUUGGGUUGUAUAAACAGUAGACAGGAAACUAAAAUCCCUCAGUGUUGUUUUAAAUGCAUUCUGCAAUCUCCUCUGAAUGCCAGCGGGAGAUUUUCAUUGUGGAGUUAAAAUCUAAAGGUGAAUUCAUCUAUUAUAUCUGGUUAUAUUCCAAACAAUAAUUUAUACAGAUUUAUGAGAAAGUACUGAAAAAAUAAGAAAGUUAAUAUGAAAUUAUGGACUUUCAAAGAUCAAAUUACAAAUCAGGAACUCCAUUGAAUUCAAAUAUGCAAGUCACUCUCCUCUUAUUUCAUAAAUUACUCCUUUUUUUAAAGAAGAAAGGAGAUGUAAUGUUCAUGUGCCAAAUUAUAUCAUAUGGAAUAAAUCUUUUAAUCCUUUAUUAAUUGUUUCUGUAACUUUCUACUUUUUUUCUUCUAAUUUCUUCAAUUUCAUAUUUACAACUUUCCCUUUCAACAGAGCCUAGACUUAAAUUCACUCUAGACACCUUUUUUUUGCAAGAGAUCAGAUGUCGGAUGACAAUUUCCCUUGUUGCUUAGGCUGAUGUACAGUACAUGUGCUACACUUUUUAACCUGUCCAUUGUAUUACCUCAAUUUUCACUCCAAUUUCAUGAGUAUACCUGAACUUUACCAGAAGUUUCUUGAAUAAAAUAUGCAUGUGAUGACACCAUGUGUUGACACUGUAUUGAAAGCAA